CGGGACGCCGCCUCAACGUGGCCUGAAGAGUGGUGCCAUGUCCGCGCCCAGGAUCCGAACCCUGGGCCGCCGCAGCGGAGUGCCUGAACUUAACCACUCGGCCACAGAGCCGGCCCAGGAAGAAGAUUUUAGAAGUACCUACCUGGCAAGAAUGUUUUGAGGAUUAAGUAAAAUAGUGCAGAUAAAGAGUUUACAAGCAACAGCUGAAUGAACGGCGCUCAUCUCCACCUCCUCCUCAUCAACUGAGAACAGACACCUUCACCUUCUCUUGUGUCUCAGGUGGAAAGAAGGAAGGAGUACGUGAGUACUGGCUACCUGGAGAGACACCCAGGAGAGGGAACAGGCAAUCUGAGACUGUCAAAGAUAAACAUCUUGUCCUCCACAGUGCUUCACUGGGUGGAUCUGGUCAGCUACACACCCUCCUGUCCAAACUCACUUCUCUGCCUCAAGGAUCACGAAACUCUCCCUUACAACUUGAGAGAAUCUAGGAGUCUCGGCUUUAAUGAAAAAUCGGGAGGAGGGAUGUCUCCAGAGACUGGCCGUUUUGACAACCACUCCCUCGCCCCUGCUGCUAGGCCGCUGGAAGCGCCGAGGCUUCGAGAACCGCCUGUGGAAAUUUGCAGGGUGGAGAGGAGGCGCGGGAGCCCGGCCAGAGGGGGGCCAUCCUGGGCUGCGACUGGCAUCUCAUGCUGCGGGCGAAGGCCGGCGAUCCGGGUCCGGGCUGCGCGAGGCGCGCUCUCUCUCCGUGGCUGGUGGCCGCGGGCCGGGUGCGGGGAACAGAACUACCCCAGGAAAAGCACGUGUGCCUUUUAGAGAUUGCUAGGCCAGUGUUUACCUGCAAGCCAUUAUACCUGCCCAUGAGACUUUGAGAACAUUAUAAUGUCCCUUUGUGCCUCUUCUCACAAGGAGUUUUCUCAACUUGUCUUACCUAGUCAAGACAUGGAUAUCAAAAACUCACCAUCUAGCCUUAACUCUCCUGCCUCCUACAACUGCAGUCAGUCCAUCCUACCCCUGGAGCACCGCCCCAUCUGUAUACCUUCUUCCUAUGUAGAGAGCCACCAUGAAUACUCGGCUAUGACAUUCUACAGCCCUGCUGUGAUGAAUUACAGUAUUCCCAGCAGUGCCAAUAGCUCCGAAGGUGGGCCUGGUCAACAGACCACAAGCCCAAAUGUGUUGUGGCCAACUCCUGGACACCUCUCUCCUGUGGCGAUCCGUCACCCAUCGUCACUUCUGUAUACAGAACCUCAGAAGAGUCCUUGGUGUGAAGCAAGAUCACUAGAACAUGCCUUAUCUGUAAACAGAGAGUCCCUGAAAAGGAAGGUUAGUGGGAGCAGUUGUGCCAGCCCUGUUACUAGUCCAAGUUCAAAGAGGGAUGCCCACUUCUGUGCUGUCUGCAGUGAUUACGCAUCGGGAUAUCACUAUGGAGUCUGGUCAUGCGAAGGAUGUAAGGCCUUUUUUAAAAGAAGCAUUCAAGGACAUAAUGAUUAUAUUUGUCCAGCCACAAAUCAGUGCACAAUAGAUAAGCACCGGCGCAAAAGCUGCCAGGCCUGCCGGCUUCGGAAGUGCCAUGAAGUCGGAAUGGUCAAGUGUGGCUCCCGGAGAGAAAGGUGUGGGUACCGCGUAGUGCGGAGGCAGAGAAAUUCCAGUGAGCAGCUGCACUGCCUGAGCAAAGCCAAGAAAAGCUGUGGACACGUGAGCCGAGUGAAGGAGCUGCUGCUGAGCACCCUGAGCCCGGAGCAGCUGGUGCUCACGCUCCUCGAGGCGGAGCCGCCCAACGUGCUCGUGAGCCGCCCCAGCACACCCUUCACCGAGUCCUCCAUGAUGAUGUCCCUGACCAAGCUGGCCGACAUGGAGCUGGUGCACAUGAUCGGCUGGGCCAAGAAAAUUCCGGGCUUUGUGGAGCUCAGCCUGUUCGACCAAGUGCGGCUCUUGGAGAGCUGCUGGCUGGAGGUGCUGAUGGUGGGCCUGAUAUGGCGCUCAAUCGACCACCCCGGCAAGCUCAUCUUUGCUCCAGACCUCGUUCUGGACAGGGAAGAGGGAAAAUGCGUAGAAGGAAUUCUGGAAAUCUUUGACAUGCUCCUGGCAACGACUUCAAGGUUUCGAGAGUUAAAACUCCAACACAAAGAGUAUCUCUGUGUCAAGGCCAUGAUCCUCCUCAACUCCAGUAUGUACCCUGUAGCUGCAGCCCCUCAGGAGGCCGAGAGCAGCCGGAAGCUGACUCACAUCCUGAAUGCUGUGACCGACGCUCUGGUCUGGGUGAUCUCCAGGAGCGGCAUCCCCCCCCAGCAGCAGUCCAUGCGCCUGGCCAACCUCCUGAUGCUCCUUUCUCACGUCAGGCAUGCCAGUAACAAGGGCAUGGAACACCUGCUCAACAUGAAGUGCAAAAAUGUGGUCCCAGUCUACGACCUGCUGCUGGAGAUGCUGAAUGCCCACACGCUUCACGGGUUCAAGUCCUCAGUCAGAGGAUCAGAGUGCAGCCUAGCAGAGGAGAGUGAGAGCAAAGACGGCUCCCAGAACCCGCAGUCCCAGUGAAGCCCAGCUCUGAGAGGACAGGCCGCAGAGGUCAGAGGCUGAAGCAUGAACUCCAGCACAAAUCGUGAGCCCCAUCGGGAGUGGGCGGGCUUCAUCGUCUUUCUACUGUGUGGUCCCUCAUUUGCUCAUGGCAAGCUUGUCUUGUACCAUCCUUUCCCCAACCUCCCCACUUCCCGGGCGUCAGGGUGAGAAAACCACAGUUUUGCUUGUUAUCAGGGGGUACAUUUGAAUGCAGAGUUUACGUCUUGCUCAGCCUUAUGGGAUCUCAAUGUGGUCCCAUUCUUACUUUCCAUCUCCCUUCCAUCCCUUUGGGAGACAUCUUAAAGGUUGUGGAAUGAGUGGUGGAAAUCUGACUUGGAAGGGCUAUAAAAUAGGAAGGGGAGAGAAUGUGGUACCCUGACAGGAAGUGGACUAACCUUUGGUGUGCAACCCGAGCUGUCCUUAGAUUGGAACUUUGUAUGCUCUCUUCUGGACCACUCGAUUGUAGGAUUGCAAACUGUGAUGACAAUCAAUUAACUAGUUUCACAUACCUACCUCGAGGGCCUGUGAGGACUGAAGUCACGUAUUGCUAUUACUCUGUUGAAGGCCAGAGGGAAUGUGAUCUAGGGAGCCAGUGGUCAAGCUAGGGUGCAAGCCAUGUUCUUCCCCCAAGACCUUGCUGCCAUCUUCACACAGAUCCAUCACUCAAUUUGCAUCCACAGAGCCUGCGAAUUAUUUGGGGGGCAGGGGGUGGCGUGUAUGAUCACGGUCAUGGAGGAGUGUGAUUUAACUCUCCUGCCCCCCCCCCCCCCCCCACCUUAGAACUCUGUUGUCCCAAGGGGCCUGGCGCGUGCUUGAGAAAUGUCCAGUGUUUAUGGGAAUGGGGCUGUUUCCUGUGGGACGGAGGUCACAGCCACAACACUUCCCUGGGGCAGCCACAACUGCCACAUCAGCCAUCCAGAGGAGACAGGGACACUUCAGGCUGUGUGUGUGCAAGGCACACUGUUCCCUGGAAGGGUGAAGGGCUAUACAUGUGCCAGCGGGUCAGGUUCAGGGCUAAACUGUGUAGAUUUGAUGAGCACAUCACUCGAACAAGACCUGGUUUGUGAAUUCUACUUAAAAAAGAGAAAUAUUGAGGGUAAUUAUUUAUAGUAAGAAAGAAUUCUUUAUACCCUAGAGGUCUUUUAAAAUAUUUUCUUAUCAGAAUAUUUAUGUGGUGGGUUGGGUGAGAUAGAAACUUAGUAGGAGAUUCUUAUUCCAGAUGGAACAUAAAUAGGACAUGAUGAUAAAGCACCUCUGAAAUUACAAUUUUAACUUUUUAAAAAUUGAAAUUUUUGUACAAAUUUUCAGGAACAUAGUGAUUGCAUAAAAUGAGUUACAUCUAUCUUUUGGAAAUGAGCAACUAAAUAAUCAUGUUCCAUUUUUGUGAUAAUGUUUUAAAAAAUUACCUUGUAAUAGGCGAUUAAAACACAUUUUCUGUUUGAAAAUAGGUUUACUUUGGUUAGCGCAUUCUGUAUCUACUAAGUCAUUAGGAAGAUUACAUUCAAUGAGAUAAAGCUUGGUUUCUGCUAGUGAGACCUUGU